AUGAAAAUUUCAUUGCUCUCUUUUAUAUUUGCCCUAGGGGCAAGGGCCGCAUCCGACGUGCCCAUACACUCAUUUUCCCUUUCCUCGCCUAGCGUCUCUUCCGCUUCGCUGUUUCCAUCCGCUUCUACCUCUGCCUCCUCCGGCGCGUGUGCAGGCAACACCGCGACCAAUCGACAGGAAUGGUGUGACUACGACAUCAACACGGACUAUACAACCACCGUUCCCGAGACUGGCGUGACCCGGGAGUACUGGUUUGACCUACAGCAUGUCAAUGUCGCUCCUGACGGACGCUCUCGAUUUGCCCUUGCCAUCAACGGCUCAAUACCCGGCCCAACUAUCUACGCCGACUGGGGCGACACGGUUGUCGUUCAUGUCACCAACAGCCUUCCAGACACGGUGAAAAAUGGUACCAGCGUCCAUUUCCACGGCAUUAGACAGUAUCACACCAACCAAAAUGACGGAGUGGUGUCUAUCACCCAAUGUCCCACUGCUCCCAACAGUACAAUCACAUAUCGGUGGAGGGCAAUGCAAUAUGGCACCACCUGGUAUCAUUCGCACAUUGGCCUCCAGGCCUGGGAGGGACUCUUCGGAGGCAUUGUUAUCAAUGGACCGGCUAGUUCUAACUAUGAUGAGGAUAAAGGGGUUUUGGUGCUCAAUGAUUGGGACAUCAACACCGUUGAUGAGCUUUAUAUCUCGGCCCAGACGGAUGGGCCACCGACCCUGGACACGGCGUUGAUCAAUGGAACGAACUUAUUCGGGUAUGAUGGUAAUACCAACCAAACGGGCUAUCGAUUCAAUACCUCCGUCACAGAGGGAAGUUCCUACCGUCUUCGAUUGAUCAAUGCGGCUUGCGAUACGCAUUUCAAGUUCAUGAUCGACAAUCACACGUUGACCGUCAUCUCCAACGAUCUGGUUCCUAUUGAGCCGUACAACAAAACCGUACUUAACAUCGCAAUGGGUCAACGAUACGACGUCAUCGUCCACGCCGACAAAUCCUCCAUCGCCAAGAACUUCUGGAUGCGUGCCAUCCCGCAAGAGGCCUGCUCGGAGAACUUGAACCCAAAGAAUAUCAAGGGGGUUGUUUACUACGGAGACUCUCCUUCCACGCCCACAACAUCCGCAUAUUUAUAUUCCGACAGUUGUGACGACGAAGACAUGUCAUCCCUUGUCCCUAUCGUGAACCCCUACACCAUAGACACGGCUCCGUUCUACAAUAAAUCCGAGCCAGUGUCUCUAGGCAAGAAUUCGCAAAGCCUGUACCGCUGGAAGCUCAACAGCACGUCUAUGCAUGUUGACUGGGCCAAUCCGACUCUCCAGGAGAUCUACCGCGGACACCACACAUUUGCCAACUCCAGUGGUGUGGUCCAGCUGCCGCGCAAAGAUGAGUGGGUGUAUAUUGUGAUCGAGACGACGCUUUCUGUUCCUCAUCCGAUCCAUCUUCAUGGACAUGACUUUGUCGUCCUGGCACAAGGCAGUGGCACGUAUGAUGGUAGCAUUACGACUAGUAACCCGCCUCGACGUGAUACCGCGAUGCUUCCUGCGAGUGGGCAUCUGGUGGUCGGGUUCCAAACGGAUAACCCCGGAGCUUGGUUAAUGCAUUGUCAUAUUGGCUGGCAUACCGCGGAAGGGUUUGCGAUUCAGUUUAUUGAGAGGUAUGAUGAGGCUCAGAAGCUCAUUGAUUAUGACAGCUUGAAAGAGACCUGUGACGCUUGGAAUGACUAUCAAGAUGUAUGUACGGCGGAGGAAGAUGAUUCUGGAAUAUGA